AUGGUUGGCCUCACUUCCGCUGCCGGUGUCGUUGGGUUCCUCUCCGAGCCAGAUCCAGCGCUGCGGUCCUUCGCCCUGCAUCAGUUAAACGACCAGAUCGAUCUGCUGUGGCCGGAAGUUGCGGGCUCAGUCAGUCAGAUUGAGGCCCUCUACGAAGAUGAGUCGUUCCCCGAGCGAGAGCUCGCCGCGCUUGUCGCAGCCAAGGUCUACUACCAGCUGCAAGAAUACAACGAGAGCAUGGUCUUUGCGCUGGGUGCUGGCAAGCUCCUAGACAUCCACAAGGCUGGUGAAUUCGAGGAGACAAUACUAGCGAAAUGCGUCGACACGUACAUCGCCAUGUCCGCCAUGCACAACCCCCCGACCCCAGUCAGCAAGGCAAGCCAGGCGACUCCGCAGCUGAGCAUAUCGUUUACCGGAGGCUCGACAGGUGCUGCUAGCACCUCGGCUAGCCUGACCUCGCCCAUCACACCCUUCUCGCAAUCCGCGCUGCCCUCCAAGUCGCUGCUUUCUCGCGAGGACUCCAACACAUUCGACCCCACAAUUCCAGGUGGCGGCAAUGCUGGUGUGGUCGGAGCACACCCCACGCCCAUGAUGCUGCAGAGGAACGUUCAGAAGAACCUGCAAGCUACGAUACGGCGGAUAUUCGAGAGCUGCUACGAGAGCGGCGACUACAAGCAGGUCGUGGGCAUCGCGAUCGAGGCGCGGAAUCUCGAUGUCUUGCGUGCGUCCAUCGUACGAGCAAGCCAGGACGAGAAGAAGAAGGCGGGCAAGAAGCCUGCUACGGGCGCUUCCACGAAGAGCGAGGAGUUGAUGGACUACGUCCUCGAUAUCUGCAUGAACGUCGUGCAGGAGAGGGGUCUGAGGAAUGAAAUCCUCCGUCUCAUCCUCGAUCUGCUCAACGACAACGAGAUCCCCAAUCCCGACUACUUCUCGAUCGCCAAAUGCGUUACUUACCUCGACCAGCACUCGCUCGCGUCCAAGCUUGUCCGCCAGUUGGUGGAGCAGGGCGACGACAAGUCGCUCGCGACUGCUUACCAGAUCUCUUUCGAUCUAUACGAGAACGGUACCCAGGAGUUCCUCGCGAAGGUUAUGGCGGAUUUGCCCGAGUCUGAAGGCGACGACGACGAGUCGAAGCCUUCUGCCAAUGGUGACGCAUCUGAGGCAAAGGAGUCGGACUCUCUGCUCGCCGACGCGGAUACAAGCAACGUCUCGGAUCUGCCACCUCGCACGAAUAAGUCGAGCAGCGACGAUCACAACAAAGCCUUCAGCUCCGUACGCCACAUCCUGCGGGGAACGAAGAGCAUCGAACUGAACCUCGAAUUCCUCUACAGGAACAACCGUACAGACAAGUCCGUCCUGAACAAGAUUCGCGACAGCCUCGAGGCACGAAGCUCGAUAUUCCACAGCAGCGUCACGUUCGCCAACGCCUUCAUGAACGCCGGUACCACAAACGACACAUUCUUCCGCGAGAACCUGGACUGGUUGGGCAAGGCGGUCAACUGGUCCAAGUUCUCGGCCACUGCUGCUCUCGGUGUCAUCCACCGUGGCAACAUCACCCAGGGCCAAAAGUUGCUCGACCCCUACCUGCCAAAGGACAGCGUCUCGACUGGCUCUCACUACGAGCAGGGUGGAUCCCUGUAUGCUCUCGGUCUGAUCUACGCCAACCACGGCAGCAACGUCCUCGACUACCUGGUCAAGCAGUUCCAGAACGCAUCUGAGGAGGUCAUUCAGCAUGGCGGUGCGCUCGGUGUCGGUGUUGCUGGUAUGGCUACCGGAUCGGAGGAGAUCUUCGAUGCCUUCAAGAGCGUCUUGUACACCGACUCUGCCAUCAACGGUGAAGCUGUCGGUCUCUCCAUGGGUCUUGUCAUGCUUGGCACCGGCAGCAUCAAGGCUCUCGAGGACAUGAUCCAGUACGCACACGACACACAGCACGAGAAGAUUGUCCGUGGUCUCGCCAUGGGGAUGGCACUCAUCAUGUAUGCCCGACAGGAGGCUGCGGACGAGCUCAUCAACGGCCUUCUUGAAGACCCAGACCCAACCCUGCGCUACGGUGGUAUCAUGACCAUUGCUUUGGCGUACUGUGGCACAGGCAGCAACAAGGCCGUCCGCAGGUUGUUGCACGUCGCUGUCAGCGAUGUCAGCGAUGAUGUCCGCCGAGUAGCAGUCAUGAGCUUGGGAUUUGUGCUGUUCAGGAAGCCUGGCAGCGUCCCUCGCAUGGUUGAGCUCCUCUCCGAGUCGUACAACCCGCACGUGCGUUAUGGAGCUACCAUGGCUCUCGGUAUCGCAUGCGCUGGUACCGGACUUCCCGAAGCCGUCGACCUGUUGGAGCCCAUGAUGAAGGACUCUACCGAUUUUGUCCGACAGGGUGCUCUGAUCGCUCUUGCUAUGAUCAUGGUACAGCAGAACGAGGCCACGAACCCCAAGGUUGCAUCCAUCAGGAAGCAGCUUACCAAGAUCAUCGGUGACCGUCAUGAGGACGCCAUGGCUAAGAUGGGAUGUGCGCUCGCCCUCGGUAUCAUCGAUGCUGGAGGUCGUAACUGCACAAUCGGUCUGCAGACACCAACUGGCAACCUGAACAUGGCCGCCAUUGUCGGCAUGGCCGUCUUCACGCAGUACUGGUACUGGUUCCCCUUGACACAUUUCCUGUCGCUCAGCUUCACACCCACGGCCAUUAUCGGUGUCGACCAGGACCUCCAGAUCCCCUCGUUCAAGUUCCACAGCAACACCCGACCCAGCAUGUUCGACUACCCACCAGAGACGGAGGUCAAGGCCGAGGAGGCACCUGAGAAGAUCAAGACUGCGGUUCUGUCGACAACAGCUCAGGACAAGCGCCGACGGAUGGUGAAGGAGCGCCAGCGCCGACGUGAGAGCAUGGAUGUUGACCAGACACCCACCACACCCAAGCCUGCGGACGACGACAAGAUGGAUGUCGAUGAUGAGAAGAAGGACGACGAGAAGAAGGAGGAUGAGAAGGCCGAAGGCGCCUCAACGGAAUCGCCUAAGAAGAAGGCGGAGAAGGAGAAGGUUGGCUACGAGCUGGAGAACAUGUCGCGUGUUCUGCCAGCCCAGGUGAAGCACAUUACAUUCCCUGGGGAUCGCUUCAUCCCAGUCAAGAAGCCAACCCUUGGUGUGAUUCUUCUCACAGACACCAAGCCUUCGGAGCCCAAGACGCUGCUCGAGCUCAAGGUCAAGAAGGCGGCGCCAGCACCAGCGCCGGGAGCAUCGGGGUCGUCUGGUGAACAGGCAGCCGAGGGUGCUGCGGAGGCAGAGUCGUCUGGCCCCACAACGGACAACCUGGUAGACGAGGGCGAUGAAGAGGCGUCGCUGCCUGGGGAUUUUGAGUACGAGUCGGACACGAACCCUAACGACAGCGAGUAG